GGGAGGGAGAUAGUUGAAGCAGAGAUAAUUGGAGCGGGUCAUUAUUGAGAGAUAACAUCCGUGUGUAGAGGGGGAACAAGAAAGAGGGGAGAAAAAAAAGAAGAAUAUCAGAGGAGAGAGAUCAGAAGAGUGUAAGUCGACCACCAUCAGCGCUGACGUCCGGCGAUGGGCAGAUGCGAGCAGUUUCCUCUCUGCUCUCAGCAUCCAAUUACAAUGGACGAGCUGAGCCUGUGUGGACUCUAAACCGCUGCCCAGUCAGGAGCGAGUGGAACAAGCGAACGGAGCGGAGGGAAGGAUAACAAUGCUCUGGCUCAUCAUCUAUCUGCAGUGAUUUGAAAGCGGGAUUCCUCUUCUCUCUCUCUCGCUCUUUUUUUUUUCUUUUUCUUUUUCUUUUUUUUUGGCUUCCAAGUCUCCCGAGCAAGUGAGGAGACUACUGCCAAGAUCAAGUCCAACACGCCUGGAAAUGGGGACAUCAAGUUGAAUCAAUUGAAUCAUUAUAACCACCUCGGAUGCUGGAUUGAUUGCAGGGCUGUUUAGACUGCAUUGGGUAACUAAUAACACUGCAGUGUGGAGCUACAACAGCGGGCCCCUGGAUAGGACCUCGUUUGUUCAACUCUGAGGGUGGGGUUUCGUCUCUAAAGAUCUACUGUAAAACUACCAUGAUCCUCUUGUGGUUAACCAAACUCGUCCUAAUCAUCCUGGCCUGCAUCCCUCACCUGUCUCUGGGAUGUCCCUCCGGCUGUCGCUGCUACAGUCUGACAGUAGAGUGCGGAUCUCUUGGGCUAAAUGAAAUCCCACAUGGUGUCCCUUCCGUCACUGAGACCAUCUUCCUCCAGGACAAUGCUAUAGUGCAGAUCCGUCUUCAUGACCUGACACGACUCGGCAGCCUCCAUUACCUCUACCUUCAGAAUAAUAGCAUCUCUGCCCUGGAGCCUGGGGCGUUUCUCAGCCAGGGACAGCUGCUGGAGCUGGCCCUAAAUGGCAACCUCAUCCACCUGGUCACCCCAGACAUAUUUCGGGGUCUCGAGCACCUUCGGAUCUUGUACCUCGCUGGGAACCAGAUUACUCGAAUUCAGGACAACACCUUCAGGGGACUGCAGCGUCUGCAGGAACUCCACUUGCAGGAAAACAGCAUAGAGCUGCUAGCGGAGCAAGCUCUGUCUGGCUUGUCAUCUCUGGCCCUUCUGGACCUCAGCAAAAAUCAUCUCCGUACCCUGGGAGCUUCGUCCCUCAAACCGCUUGUCAGCCUGCAGGUGCUCCGUGUCACAGAGAACCCAUGGCGCUGUGAUUGUGCUCUGGGCUGGCUUAGAACCUGGAUCAGAGAGGACGGACAGCGUCUGCUGAGCUCCGCUGAACAGCGUCGGCUAAUGUGCUCUGAACCACCUCGCCUCUCCCACCUCAGCCUGGUGGAGGUGGCUCCCAACAGCCUGGUUUGCAUCCCCCCAGUGGUGCAGCUUGAGCCCAGCCACCUGACUGUGCGAUUAGGAGAGAGCCUUCGUGUCUCCUGUCAGGCCUCAGGAUACCCUCAGCCUCAGGUGACCUGGAAAAAAGCCUCCCAUGGCAAACCGCAAUUAUCACCCCGAGGCCUGGUUCAAGAGCUGGGACCCAACGGUGAGCUUUUCAGACCUGGGGCUGGAGGAGUGGUGACAGCCCUGCCCAGCAGUGGAGGGAUCAAGGUCGGAGGUGUUGGAGGAAUCCAGGGGCUUGUGCGUGGGGCUGAAGAGGGUGGUGAGAGGGACAGCUUUGAUCCGGACAUGGGCAGCGGCAUGCUGUUUCUCAGCAACGUGACGGUAGCACAUGCCGGCCGCUACGAGUGUGAAGCCUGGAACCCCGGUGGUGUAGCUAGAGUUACCUUUCAUCUGGCUGUCAACAUGUCUUCUUCUUCAUAUUCCUCCCAGUUCUGGCCCCGUUUGAACAUGCACUCCUUUGUUUCCUCUUCAUCUAACUCCUUCUAUCAGCCAGAGGUUCUGGACAUUAGCCAGGAGCCACUGUAUGAACAGGACAGCAUGGACUUCAGUGCUCUGGGCCCUGCUACACAGACUGCCAUUGCUGUUGGUAUCUCCUUGCUGGCACUCACUGCUAUUCUCCUCCUGAUUAUGAUCUACUCUCGUCACCAACAGUACCGCAAAGAAGAAGGUGGUUCCUACUGCACCAGCAAGGAAGAGAGCAUCCUCUACGUGAACGACUACUCUGACGGACCCACCACCUUUGCGCAGCUGGAAGAAUAUCGUGACGACCACGGCCACGAGAUGUAUGUACUCAACAGAACCAAACCUGUCCUGGGCUCCACUUCAUCCAGAUGUCCCAUGAUGAGCGGAUUUGUCCAGCAGAAAGCUAUGAAGGAGGCUCUCCUGGACCACGAAAUGGUGCAGACACUGACCAGAUCAGGGGGAAUGGGACUUCGUAGAAACCCCACAGAUGGAGGAGAGGGCCCCCUAACAACAGACCCAGAGGAGCUCUUCCUCAGUCAGAGUCUCCUCUUUGGAUCACAGGUUGCUUAUGAGAUCCACUGCUAAGGGGUUUUAAAUGUGCUCUAACAUUAAACAAUGCGUGGAUGGACUUAAUUAAAGACAUUAAAGGAAAUCACCUUGGUGCAAUGAUGUGACGCAUCAGAUUAUCAUGCAGUCUUCAAGAGGGCAAGAACGUCAGUUAGUGGUUGUUGGGGGAACCUUGGAUUCCAAUCAUCUUCUCAGAAAUCCUCAUCUGAUUGAUGGCAUGACAUUAAGAUGGGUCAGAGGGAUAAACAGUGAUAAUUAAAGGGAAAACAACAACUGAACCAUACCUUUCUAUCUCCAAGUCACCCCUUUAAAGAUAAUUAUAAGUGGCUAACACUAUCAGAAAUGGUUAGUAUGACAGUUAAUCUAAAUCCUUACAGAGGAGGCUGCGACUUUGUAAGGCAUAAAAUAGUGGUAACUAACAACAUGGAUUAAAACAGUUAUUCCUAUUUUGUACUUUGUACUCUUUAGGAUUUGUUAUGUGUAUUUUGUCAGUGUUUUGUGUAAAUAUAACAAAGCUAAUUCUCACUGUGGAGUACAGUUGUUUUGUGGACGCUGUUGCAGUUCUCAUUAGACUUAGAAUAAUCCGAUGACUCUUACUGAAACUGCAUUGUCAUUACUCAUAUGUAUGAGUGGGCAUGGGUGGCGGGUUUGUUUAAAGAGGUUCAUUUUGAAGCUGCAAUUGUAUUCCUUGAUGUUACGUCAUGUUUUUUCUACUUAUUUGUUGCAACACUAGAACAAGGAAUUAACAUUUCUUUUGUCUGAAACUGAAUCUUUGGCAGAAUUAAUUCCAUUAACACGAGUCUGUAACAACCA